AUGGCUGGGCUGGGUAUUUCAGGUCCAGGCGGUUCGGCGCCGAUCGCCUCUCAAAGCACCUUUGCCUGUCUUCCCGUCGGUUAUCGAGCCAUGCCUUCCUUGCCUCUGCGCUCUUGGCGGUACUUUGCUGCUCUGCUGCAGACACGCGCCUACGACAUUGCCGGCUUGGACGCGAUCAAGAAGCUGUUGAGAGACAAAAUCAUAAAUCCUGUUCUGCGCCCCGACUUGCACGUCGGACUCCAUCGCGCGCCACGUGGCAUUCUCCUCUUCGGGCCGCCUGGCACAGGCAAGACGACCCUGGCGAAAUGGAUGGCGGCAGAGAGUGGUGCUUGCUUUUUUGAGGUGACGCCGUCUUCCGUCAUCAGCAAGUUUCAUGGGGAGACUGAGAAGCUCAUCAAAGCUCUUUUUAAAGUGGCGGAGUUGGAAAGCCCUUCAUUGAUCUUCAUUGACGAAAUCGAUUCCUUGCUUGGAAAACGGCGUGAGCGAGAGGAUGACACGUCCAUUCGCAUGAAGAAUCAGCUGCUCCAGAUGAUGGAUGGCUUAAGCAGCAGCAGCACAAGCACCAUUAUUGUUGUGGGAGCAACGAACCGUCCAGACAUGCUAGACGAGGCAGCAGUGCGGCGUUUAACCCGCCGCGUCUUAGUGCCUCUUCCUGACGUCGAGACGCGUGCAGCCAUCAUCAGGCAGGUGCUGGAUUCGCAGACACCCGGCGGCUGCCGCCUCCUUCCCGAGGAGCUUGAGAGUUUAUCCGAGAAGCUGUCCAACUGGAGUGGAGCAGAUAUCAGGGCGCUGUGUGCAUCCGCGGCAGACAGGGGCUAUGACGAAGCUAUUCAGCAAUUUGGAGGCAUCGACAAAAUUCCCAGCAGGAACGCCUUUAGGCCGAUCUCGCAUGCGGAUUUUCUCGAGGCGUUGAAGCAUCCUAGACAAAGGGCGAAAGGCACUGCUGCAAAACGAGACGUAUACGACGCAUACGAGCGCCGUGACAAAACGCAUUCAAGAAGAGGCAGAGAUACAGCGAACGCAGAAGCCUCAGCGGCUCACUGCGAAAGGGACAAAGGCGGCACGCAGGAGGAAAAAGCAAAAAGUCGCAACAAUCCAACGCUUUGA